GGCACAACAAUGCUCAGUGUUUAAAUACAAACCACCACAUACGCAGGCUGACUUAAGUCGACUUUAUUUUUUUUUAUCGAGACACGGUUUUACAGAAGCGGGUGGGACUUAGUGGACCUCUUGCAUUUUAUCCGCAUACACUGUUGUUUACUACUUCACGUUGUGACUACUUUUUGUAUUUACGUUUACACUUCGUCAUGUUGUUGUCGACAAUUUCAGCCAAUAUGAAGCCUAUGAAAUGUGAAGGCGGCAUUUUUCAUCCUUGACAUGCGACUAACCGGUGUUGAGACGAGUGUCUGCUUCAGUUGCAAAGUCAUUCUCUCCAAGCUGCUCUGAAAUACUGCACUGUAUAGCUUUAGGUUUCUAAUCCAUGGAGGCUGUUGGGAAGUUUGAGUUCAACAGGAAGGACUUGAUUGGUCACGGUGCCUUUGCUGUUGUGUUCAAAGGCAGACAUACAGAGAAACGUGACUGGGAAGUUGCUGUAAAGUGCAUUAACAAGAAAAACCUUUCCAAAUCACACUCUUUGCUUGGGAAAGAAAUCAAAAUAUUAAAGGAACUCAGACAUGAGAAUAUUGUCAGACUACUCGACUAUCAGGAGAUGGGAGGAUGUAUUUAUCUCAUAAUGGAGUACUGCAAUGGAGGUGACCUGGCAGAGUAUCUUCAAACCAAAGGAGCACUUAGUGAGGAUACGAUCCGGGCAUUCCUGCAGCAGAUUGCACAGGCCAUGAAAGUCCUGCAGAGCAAAGGCAUCCUGCACAGAGACCUCAAACCCCAGAACAUCUUACUCUGUCAUCCAGAGGGGCGCAAGUCCUGCUCUAUAAAUACCAGCAUUAAGAUCGCUGAUUUUGGGUUUGCACGGCACCUCCAGAUAAACACUAUGGCUGCUACACUGUGUGGCUCUCCCAUGUAUAUGGCUCCUGAAGUCAUCAUGUCUCAGAACUAUGAUGCCAAGGCCGAUCUGUGGAGCAUAGGCACUAUCGUAUACCAAUGUCUGACUGGAAAAGCCCCUUUUCAUGCCAGUUCACCACAAGAGCUCCGCCUGUUCUAUGAAAGCAACGAAACUCUGUUACCCAGAAUCCCAAAGGAGACUUCAGCUAACCUAAGACACCUGCUCAUGGGCCUUCUGCAGAGAAACCAUAAAGAGCGUAUGAGUUUUGACGAGUUCUUCCACCAUCCUUUCUUGGAGUCAAGUUCGUCAACAAAAAAAUGUUCACCUUCUCCUGUAAUCUACACCAACUCAGGCUCAAGCAGCUCAUCCAGCAGCUCCUCCACAUCUCAGCUCGCCUUGCCACAACAUUCCGAUGGAGAGCUGCACCAGCUUCAGCCCAAAGAGCUGCGCUUGCCGAAACAGAACCCCACUGGCUUGCAGGACGAAGCAAAAGCCAAUCAAGGCAGUAAAAGCUCGCCAUCGUGUGUUGAAGAUUACGUCAUGCUGCCUGCUGAGCUUUCCAGUAUGACAUGUGAGGUGGAAGAUGGGUCACCCACUGAAAUCUGCUUAAACAACAAAGGGAGGUCUCAGCUGACCAGGAGAGGUUCUGGAUCCUUAAGAAGGAUACCACUAUCUCCUUCCCUCCUGCACUCUCCCCCUAAGCCUCUUGGCAAUCCAGUUACAUUAAAUGGCCGCAACUGCAGCCCUUCGGUACCCAUUCCUGUCCCAACUCAGAUUCACAACUACCACCGUAUGGCGCAGAACCUGCAACCAGUCAAAGUAGCCCCCCUGCAGUGUGGGUGGCGUAGAGCUUCAUGUCCAGGUGUCGUUUCUAACUUUCCAAAACUGGCAAAAGGAGGAGCGCAACUAGAACAGUCCUCCCCACCAGCUGGAAUGACCCCAAAGACCUCUGAGCAGACUUUCCCGCUCAGCACAAAAACUGGACUGCUGACUGGUUCUCCGGAUGCAAAGGUCACUGCAAGUCAAAAGCAACCCAAAAGGCCGAACCGAACCAGGACAGUGCCAAGCCCACAAUGUCUCGAUCAAUCUCCUGGUUUCCACAACAACAUCAGUAGGAACCCAGCCAAUAAAAAGGGUCCCUUUAAAAGAUCCCUCAGCACUGGCAGACUUUCUGACAUGCUGCUGAAAGCAGCAUUUGGAGCUAAUCUGCUUGAAGAAGGAUGUGAUCAGGGCUUCAACUGGGAGAACAGCAAUGAUACAACAGCUCCAUCUACUGGAUGUUAUAAAGUGUUUCAGUUCUCAGACAGCCCGCCUCCCGCGGUUUUUGCCAUGGGUUCUCCAUCGCAGGGAAACAGUCCUCCUGAUGCUUUGGUUUCCAGAAUGCUCUCAUGCUCUCCCAACUACUUUAACUCUGGAUGGAUACUGAACGCUUGUCCUCUCCAGCAAGGAAGCCGAAGAAACAGUGAAACUGAAGCCAUGGAUGCCAUCCCACAAAGCAGUCUGAUUUUCCACCCUCCAGAGCUCCCUGAAGAUACCCUGAUGGAGGCUCAUACAGACGCUCUGAGUGACUUACGUUUCACUUUGGCUUUUGUCACCUGUGUUAUGGAGUUGGCUUCCUCAAAAGGCCCGGCGAUGGAUGACUUCUGCAGUUCUGAUAUUUCCUUUUUAGAGCAGAGCUUUGUGACAGAUCAGAUCAGCGUUCUGAGUAAAGAGUGGAGCUAUGCAGAGCAGUUAGUGUUGUACAUGAAAGCUGAAGAGUUUCUGUCCUCUGCACUGCAUACUGCGAAGGAAAACAUAAAACUAGGCCAACUCCAGACCUCUUCAUCGGUGAAACAAGUGAUCAGGAAGCUCAACAACUUGUACAAGAACUGUGUAACCUAUUGCCGCUCCUUAAACGAUCGCCUUCAGACCUUCUUGCUUGACAAACAGAAACUCAUGGACCACUUCAAUAGCCUCACAGCAGAGAAGCUCAUCUAUGGCCACACUGUGCAAAUGAUACAGUCUGCUGCUUUGGAUGAGAUGUUUCACUACAGUGCAUCGUCAGUGCAGCGGUACAAUAAAGCCCUUCUGCUGAUGGAAGGUCUGUCCAGAAUCCUCACAGAGCAAAAGGACAUUGACAGUAUUGAAAAAUGUAAGAAGUGCAUUGAGCGACGCCUUUCAGCUUUGCAGACAUAAUGAUAUCCAUCUCCUCUGAAUGUAAAUGGUUCAUUCAACACACCCGCGCUUUGAUCCCAUGUAGGAGAAAUGACCACGAGAGUAUCUGAUGUUAUCCUGCUAUCCAGUCUAUAACUGCAACGUCACACCAAAUAGGUGAAGCUUUCUGCUUUAUGUGCUUAAGCACAUAUCGUGUGAAUAAUUUUAGGCAGUAUGUCUUCUCAGUGUGCUUCUUUCUUUUCCACUUACAAUCAGGUAAGGAAUAUGGGCUGUAUGUAAAAAAAAAAAAAAAAAAGGUCAGGAUUGUGUCUGUUUUUAUUAAAUAUUUCUGUUAUUUGUUCACAUGUUAACAGGAGUGUGAAUAUUUCAGAUGAAUGACCAAAUAUUGCGAGUGUGUAGCAAUAUUAAGAAAAUGUGCCUAUAUUUUGUGUAUAGUGGACAAAGUAAAUGUAACUGAAAUAAAAAAGUGCUUUGACCUCAGAGUAAUUGUUUUAUGUCUUAAAGCCUAAAUCUUGCAAUAAGUUGUAAAAUGCACUACAUGUCUUUUCAAAUUGAGUUGAGAUUCUGUUUGAAAAGAACAAAUCUACUGUUUCCUCAGGUAGCGAUGCAGUCAUUUAGGAGGUUUUUGUAAGUAAAAUUACCAGUGUUUGUGUGUACAUUGUUUUAUAUCUCUACUAUACUUGCUUUUUGACGUUUGUGUGGGUGAAUACAAGUUUUUACAAGUUUUAAUUGGUUAUUGGAAUAGUCUUUUGUCUUAUAGGACAUAAUAUUACAAUUAUACACUCAGUAUUUUGUGAAAGUGUUUUACAAGGCUUGCUAGAAUUUAUCCGAUUACCUUUUUGUAUUAGCAGGAGUGUUUGUUAAAUUUGCAAAAAUGAGUUGUUACACUGUGUGAUCAUAAUAAAUAUAAUUAUAUUAUCGAA